UCCGGGGUGGGGUGGCGCUGCUAAUAUGGCGGUGCAGGCUGUGCACCUGGAGGCGGACGCCUUCCUGGUCUGCCUCAACCACGCGCUGAGCACCGAGAAGGAGGAGGUCAUGGGGCUGUGCAUCGGGGAGGUCGACACCAGCAGAAUUGUUCAUAUUCAUUCUGUGAUUAUCCUGCGCCGUUCAGAUAAGAGGAAGGAUCGAGUGGAGAUAUCUCCGGAGCAGCUUUCAGCUGCUUCUACUGAAGCAGAAAGAUUGGCUGAGAUUACAGGACGUCCCAUGAGGGUUGUGGGCUGGUAUCAUUCUCAUCCACACAUAACUGUAUGGCCGUCUCAUGUGGAUGUUCGCACUCAAGCCAUGUAUCAGAUGAUGGACCAGGGCUUUGUGGGGCUCAUCUUCUCCUGUUUCAUUGAGGACAAGAACACAAAGACGGGCCGGAUACUCUACACCUGUUUCCAGUCAAUUCAGGCUCAGAAGAGCUCGGAGUAUGAGAGGAUUGAAAUUCCUAUUCAUGUUGUUCCCCAUGACACCAUUGGCAAAGUGUGCCUGGAAUCGGCGGUGGAGCUGCCCAAGAUCUUGUGCCAGGAGGAGCAAGAUGCAUACAGGAGAAUUCACAGCCUCACCCAUCUAGAUUCUGUAACCAAGAUUCACAAUGGCUCAGUGUUCACCAAGAAUCUCUGCAGCCAGAUGUCUGCUAUCAGUGGUCCCCUCCUGCAGUGGCUGGAGGACAGACUGGAGCAGAACAAACAGCGGGUGCAGGAACUGCAGCGGGAGAAAGAGGAGCUCAUGGAAGAACUAGCUGCCCUGGAGUGAAGAGGAAACCCCAGACCCUUUUUUUUUUUUUUUUUUAAGUCAAUAGGAUUGGACAGGAGUGACAUGUGGCUGAUGUGUGGUCUGUCUUGCCUUUCUAUGAAGAUGCUACUUGUUUCUCUCAUCUUGCUUCAUGUGACAGCUCCCAAGAACGCUUCCACAAGAUGACCAAGGGCUCACAUCUGUCUCCAGCUAGAUUGGAAAGCCUUGUGCUGCCUGUGUGAAAAGUCCACUCCGGGUGCACAAAGGAGCAAUCCAGCACCACCCUAACUAGGGUGAUUCAGCAGCACACUCUUGGGAAGAGACCAUAGCUCUAGGAGGGGGAUACCUAGUGAAUUUAUUUGGUUCCCCUCUCCCCUGUUGUUCAACACACAUCCCUUUUAUAUAUAUAUAUAUAUAUAUUGCUGGGAGCCUGGAACCAGAGGAUCAUGGGUGGGGUAAUAGCUGCACUUCUACAGUAAUCACGACUUCUGUUGUAGUCAUGGUCAGAGAAGGGGGGGGGGGGGUGCUAUGCCCUUGACACUGCCAAUUUUGCCUCCUUUUGGUAGCUCCAGUUGACAGGUAGUGGCUUGAUGUCCAGUAACUUUCUGGAUUAGUGAUUGCCUACUCUUACAUGUAUGGUAGCGUGGGGGUAGAUGCGGCCAAGAUGAAGGGGGUUUAAGGUUUAUGCCUCCUGUAUUUCAAACCAAAUAAAGAAGGGCAAUUUGA